GGUAAAUGCUGAUGAGAGUUUGAAAAGUCGGCUUUUUUUUUAAAUUGCAGACUUUAUCUUGAGUUGGGUGCUCAGUUUCCCCUGAGCCAAUAGUCACAUCCUUCAAGCUGAAGCCUACCAAUCCCAUCUCUUCCGUCCUGCGGACUGCAUCAGCCCCGCAACGACUUAUAUCGCGGGGUCGUUUAUCAUCACGAUCACUCCAGCCAGUGACUCAUUCGACGUCGUCCUUUACUGCUCGUGCGCGAUCUACACCACUCUUUAACCAAGCUGCAAAAAUGGCUACCGCGUCAGCGCCAGCGACUUCUCUACUUUCACUCCUCUACCGUUCUUACCCACGAGUCGUUCCAUCAAAUUCUACCGAGCCCGAUCUCGAAUCCAUUUCCCCAAAAAUAUUCCCAACGGCCGAUUACACAGAUGCUGAGAAGGCAGAAAUCAACCAAUGGUUGUCUCGGUCGUCAGAGUUGGCACAAGCUUUGAAGAAGGGUGAGAUAGAGAGCGUUUCAACGCUCCUCAUCACCGUGAAUACACAUCUCGCCUCCCGUACUACUGUCCUUGGCGCAAAACCAUCUGUAGCAGACGUUGCUUUAUAUGCCCUCUUGGGUCCGGUUGUGGAGAAAUGGUCCCCAGAGGAGAGGACCGGGGAGGAUGGAUAUCAUCAUAUUGUGCGGCAUGUUGACCUCGUGCAGAAUGCACCCCUUUUCAGUUUGCAAAUACCAGAGGAAGAAAAGAUUAAAAUCGAUGUGAAUGAUGUGAGAGCUGCACCAAGGGUCGUUGUGGCGAAGGAUGAAAAUAAUAAGAAAAAGAGAGAGAAGAAAGGCGGACGGGUUGGAGAGAAGGAUUUGGUCGUUGGUCGGGGAAAGAAUGCGGAUAAAAAUGAAGCAAAUAUACCCGUGGUAGAUGUGGCGAAGGAUAAAGCUGUCGCCGGGGCUAUAGCCGCCGGUGCGCCCAAGAAGGAGAAGAAAGAGAAGAAGCCCAAGCAACCAAAGGCACCUGCUCCAGCAGCACCCCUUUCACCUUCGCUCAUUGAUCUUCGUGUCGGACAUAUCCUUCGUGCUAUCAAUCAUCCAAACGCAGAUUCCCUUUACGUCUCCACGAUCGCUUGCGGUGAUGCACCAGGCACUGAGCAUACAACGCAAGACGAGGCUACCGGACUCACAGUCCGGACUGUGUGCUCUGGAUUAAACGGGCUAGUACCAUUGGAAGAAAUGCAAGGGCGGAAGGUUGUUACUGUCUGCAACCUCAAACCCGUUACCAUGCGUGGUAUUAAAUCUGCUGCUAUGGUCCUCGCGGCAUCGCCAAAGAACGAUGAGUCACAUGCUGGACCAGUUGAAUUGGUCUCUCCUCCUGAGGGCGCCGAAGCCGGAGAGCGCGUUUUCUUUGAAGGUUGGAACAAUGGUGACCCAGAGAAAGUAUUGAACCCGAAGAAGAAGAUUUGGGAGACAUUCCAGCCGGGUUUCACUACGACAGAUUCGCUGGAAGUGGCUUUUGAUAGCAGUGCAGUGCCACAGCUAAACAGUGGAGGCGAAACUAGCACAGCACCGUCAACUCCUUCAGUUGGGAAGCUGGUAACGAAAUCAGGCGGUGUGUGCACUGUGAAAAGCUUGAAAGGAGCAGCAGUUAGAUAAUCUUCAAUUAGGGAUUGUUGAAAAAGUAAUACAAUAAGAGAACAGGAAAAUGGCUAUGUUUGGUUAAAUGCGACACUAACGACAGCUGAAUAGAAUAGAGUCUUCCAUAGGUAUUCACCCUUCUUUUUCCAUGACCCUGCAUCAUGAGUAGCCAGCACCGAGGUAGAGAUACAAGGUUCUUGAAAAAUUCCAUCUUCAAGUCGUAAUAAAGGAUCACUGGAUUGACAGAGUUCAUUCUAUUACGAAGGACAAGCAACCGGGAUAAAUUUAAGAGCAAAAUCCUGGGUGGAUGCAAUGAUGACCUUCAUCCUUGUCCAGUACUCCGUACAUGUACGCUAUGCAUCUUCAAUAUGCGUUUGAAUUCUAUCACUAGCUUGUGAUUUCCGUAUACUCUGUAUUCCGCUGCCCUUUCCUGGAAACUUUUCAUUGUACUCCGUACAGCAUCAGCAUUGAGCCAUUUCAGUUAACCGAUAGUUGGCAGAGCGCAUUUUACUCAACAUCGGAAAACCCACGUGGACUGAUCUACUGGACGGAAUGCUUUGCCUGCCUGUCCAACUUUUGCCAACGGGGCCUAGAGUGGCGAUUAAACCGGGAAGAGGUCAUGCGAAGGAUGAAUUGAGAGGGGAGCGGCCUGCUGAGGCCAGGGUCAUUGCAUCAGCACCUAGUCGAGCGGCAGAGUGGAAGCGGAGUCGCUUUUCCCUCCCGGUGGAUGUCCUGUACGACAUCGAUGUUUUUCCCUGUGAGGGGAAAAACGAUAUUGUUGAGGAUCAGACGGGAGGAAAUCGCCGUGGGAUCGAGGCAGCCGAUGCCACCGCAAUCUCGAAGAGGCUAAGGCGACGACGAUCCUGGUGGGCACGCGGAGCUUUUGUUGCCUGUCGAGCUCUGCUGAGACUCAAAAACCUUGAUCCCGACGAAGGCCAUUGUUCGGGCUGACAGCUGGAGGCUUUGGGUUAGGUCCCAAGCCCACGCAGGGCAGACGGUUGUACGAUGAUGGGAUGUCGGACAGUAUAUAUUUUGGGGGCACCUCAUCCUUCACGGACGGAAGAUGGCCGUCCAUCGUUUC